CGUUCACAAGCAGUGAAGCAGGUCUGCAGGUGUCUGUCUUUCUCUCUCCCUCUCUGUCUUUCCCUCCUCUCUCCAUUUCUUUCUGUCCUAUCCAAUAACGACGACAUCAAUAACAACAACAAUAAAAAGACAACAAUGGCAAGAAGAGGGAAAACAAAUCAAUAAAAUUAAAAAAAAUCUUAAAAAAAGGAAUCACUGAGAAAAACCAUAAGAUCAGAGGGGUACAGCUCCACAUAAUUCCCACCACCAGAACAGCCCUAGGCCAGCACGGAGGAGCGCGGGUAAGGCCGCCUGCUCAGGUCGCUCCGGGCUUCCCGCGCUCGCCCGCAGGGGCGGGGCUGCCCGCGCAGGUCCUUUGGGGCCCGCGGCGGGUCGGCGCAUGCGCACCGCGUCGCGCGGGCAGCGCGUUCUCUCUCUGCUGUUGCUGCCGCCCGGGGCUCUGCGUUAACCCGGCGCAAGUCUGUGGCCUUCGCGCUCAGGAUGGAGCCGCUGGACGACUUGGAGUUGCUGAUGGAGAAGAGUUUCGGGCAGGAGGACGCGCCGCCGGUGGAGUUAUUUCAGAGGGUGGAAGCUUCUUUUCCUAAAACAGUUCUCAAUAGAGGGGUGGAUAAUCGGUUCCUGGUACUAGCAGUUAACGUCGUGCAGAAUGAAGAGGGAAACCAAGAAAAGCACCUAACCAUCACUGCUUCCCAGUCUCUAGAGUGUAAGGAACUCUGUAUCCUUCGGAAUGACUGGUGUUCUAUACCAGUAGAACCAGGGGACAUCAUUCAUUUGGAGGUAGACUACGCUUCUGAUGCUUGGAUAAUUGAUGACGAUUUUGGGUAUUUAAUUCUGUAUCCAGACAUGCUGAUUUCUGGCACAAGCAUCGCCAGCAGUAUUCGAUGUAUGAGAAGAGCUAUCCUCAGCGAGACAUUUAGGAGCUCUGAUUCAACUACACGUCAAAUGCUGAUUGGUACAGUUCUUCAUGAAGUAUUUCAAAAGGCAAUAAGUGAUAACUUUGCUCCUGAAAAGCUAAAAGAAUUUGCUUUUCAAACUGUUCAGGAAAUAAGGCACUUGAAGGAAAUGUACCGCUUAAAUAUGAAUCAAGAUGAAGUAAGACAAGAAGUAGACGAGUAUCUUCCUUCACUUGCUAAAUGGGCUGCAGAUUUCAUGCACAAAUGCCCUUCAGAUGAGUCUCCUCCGUUGCAGCUUUCUCUGCCAAGUGAUGGUAGUAAUAAUAACUCAGCAUGUAAUAUUGAAGUCAUAAAUUCACUGGAUAUUGAAGAAAGCAUUUGGUCCCCUAGGUUUGGAUUGAAGGGCAAAAUAGAUGUUACAGUUGGUGUGAAAAUACAUCGAGGAGGUAAAGCAAAAUACAAGAUAAUGCCAUUGGAGCUUAAAACUGGCAAAGAAUCAAAUUCCAUUGAACACCGAAGUCAGGUUGUUCUGUAUACACUUCUAAGCCGGGAGAGGAGGGCUGACCCAGAGGCUGGACUGCUUCUGUACCUCAAGACUGGCCAGAUGUACCCCGUGCCUGCCAAUCGUCUAGAUAAAAGAGAAUUGUUAAAGCUAAGAAACCAGAUGGCAUUCUUUUUAUUUCACCGUAUUAACAAAUCUGCUAAUGGAAAGAAGACGAAGCUUUCCCCUUUGCCAGAAAUGAUAGAAGAGCAGCAGGCCUGUAAAUACUGUUCCCAAGUGAGCAGCUGUGCUCUGUAUAGCAGAGCUGUUGAACAACCCAUGGAUGAGAAUUCAGUACCUGCUGGUUUGUUGUCCAAAGUAAAUGAAGAAACCCAGCAUCUUAAGGCUGCACACUUAGAAUAUUUCAGUCUUUGGUGUCUAAUGUUAACCCUGGAGUCACAAUCAAAGGAUAAUAAAAAGAACCACCAAAAUAUAUGGCUAAUGUCUGCUUCAGAAAUGGAGGAGAGUGGCAACUGCAUUGGAAACCUGGUUAGAACAGCACGUGUCCAGACACUUUGUGAUGGACAAUACCUACAUAAUUUCCAACGUAAAAAUGGUGACAUCCCUGUAACAAAUUUAAUGGCAGGUGACAGAAUUAUUAUAAGUGGUGAAGAGAGAACACUAUUUGCUUUGUCUAGGGGAUACGUGAAGGAUAUUAACUUGACAACAGUAACCUGUUUAUUAGAUAGGAACUUGUCAGUACUUCCGGAAUCAACUUUGUUCAGAUUGGACCAGGAAGAAAAAAAUUCUGAUAUAAAUACUCCAUUAGUAAAUCUUUCUAAAUUGAUGGAAAAUUCUCCCAUCAGUCAAAAACUUCGAGAUUUAAUCAUUGACUUCCGUGAACCUCAAUUUAUACCCUACCUCAGUUCUGUUCUUCCACACGAUGCAAAAGAUACAGUAGCUUGCAUUCUAAAAGGUUUGAAUAAACCCCAGAGGCAAGCAAUGAAAAAGGUUCUUCUAUCCAAAGACUACACACUAAUUGUGGGUAUGCCUGGAACAGGAAAAACAACUACAAUAUGUACUCUCGUAAGAAUUCUUUAUGCCUGUGGCUUUAGUGUUCUGUUGACCAGCUAUACACACUCUGCUGUUGACAAUAUCCUUCUGAAGUUAGCCAAGUUUAAAAUAGGAUUUUUGCGCUUGGGUCAGAUGCAAAAGGUUCAUCCAGAUAUCCAGAAGUUUACAGAGGAGGAAAUUUGCAGAUCAAAGUGCAUUAAAUCCUUAGUUCAUCUGGAAGAACUCUACAAUAGUCAACUUAUAGUUGCAACUACAUGUAUGGGAAUAAACCAUCCAAUAUUUUCCCGUAAAAUUUUUGAUUUCUGUAUUGUGGAUGAAGCUUCUCAAAUUAGCCAACCAGUCUGCCUGGGUCCACUUUUUUUCUCACGAAGAUUUGUGUUGGUGGGGGAUCAUAAGCAGCUUCCCCCCCUGGUGCUAAACCGGGAAGCCAGAGCUCUUGGCAUGAGUGAAAGCUUAUUCAAGAGGCUGGAGCAGAAUAAGAAUGCUGUUGUGCAGUUAACCGUGCAGUACAGAAUGAACAGUAAAAUCAUGUCCUUAAGUAAUAAGCUGACCUAUGAGGGAAAGUUGGAAUGUGGAUCAGACAAAGUGGCCAAUGCAGUGAUACACCUCCCUAACUUUGAAGAUGUGAAGCUUGAACUGGAAUUUUAUGCUGAUUAUUCUGAAAAUCCUUGGCUAAUUGGAGUACUUGAACCAAGCAAUACUGUUUGUUUUCUUAAUACAAACAAGGUUCCAGCACCAGAACAAGUUGAAAAAGGUGGUGUGAGCAAUAUGAUAGAAGCCAAACUCAUAGUUUUCCUGACUUCAAUUUUUAUUAAGGCUGGAUGUAAUCCCUCUGAUAUUGGUAUAAUUGCACCAUACAGACAGCAACUGAAAAUCAUCAAUGAUUUAUUGGCACGUUCUUCUGUCGGAAUGGUUGAAGUUAAUACAGUAGACAAAUACCAAGGAAGAGAUAAGAGUAUCAUUCUGGUAUCUUUUGUUAGAAGUAAUAAAGAUGGAACUCUUGGUGAACUCUUAAAAGAUUGGCGACGUCUGAAUGUUGCUGUAACCAGAGCCAAACAUAAGCUGAUUCUCCUAGGAUGUGUGCCUUCACUGACCCGUUAUCCUCCUUUGGAAAAGCUGCUUCACCAUCUGAACUCAGAACAAUUAAUUAUUGAUCUUCCUUCAAGAGAACAAGAAAGUCUUUGUAACAUAUUGGAUGAUUUUCAAGGAAGAUAAGAGUCCUGUCUUCCUUGCCUUUUUCGUAAUGGUCUGGUGGUACCCUCCUAACUGUUGCUAGGGCCAGGAGGUUAAGAGCUCACAGUACACCGCACAAGGACCCAGUUCCCAGUUCAAGCCCCUAGUCCCCAUCUAUAGGGGAAAGUUGCACAAGUGUUGAAACAGGGCUGCAGGUAUCUCUGUCUCUUUCUCUCCCCCCCCCCCCCCCCGUUUCUGGUUUCUGACUCUAUCCAAUGAUAAAUAUACCUAUAGCCCACUAUUUGUAAUUAGGAUAAGCUGUAAAAUAAUACCUGCUUAGACGGAAGAUGUCUUUUAACCAAACAUCAUGAAAUGAAUACUGUUUAAAGUUCCUCUCUUUUAAUCGUAUAACCUUGUUAAGCACAAAGUUAUUACCAUACAGAAUUUAACACUAUCUAUUUUCUUAGUACACAUGUACCUCAAAUUGUGAAGUUUACAUUUUCAGGUGGUAUAAAUGCAUUUUUGUUUGACCUAAAAGAUUUGAUAAGUUUUUACCAGCUUUAAAUAUAGACUCACUUUUGGAAUUGAGGUUUAAGCUUUCCAGUGUAAAAUCUCAGAGGUAAUUUGAUUUUGUAAACUUCACUUUAUAUAUUUGAACAAUUGGAUGAAUAAAGCUUUUAUCUCAGAAGAAUUUAUUUUUAUGAGACAAAUCAAAGCAUUGUUCAUCUCUGGGGUAUACAGUGUUAAGAACUGAACCUGGGGCCUCCGCCUCCUGAAUGCAAGUCCUGUAUUCUGUAGCUGAGUUAACACUCCAUUAAAAUCUCAUUUUUCACUUAAGCACACCUUGUGAUAUUAAGAAUAUAAGAGAAAUUAUUUCCUGUACUUUGAGUUCCCUGAUCCAAAGGACAUUUUGUUGGUUUUUCUUCUGAUUUUUGUUUUCUGGUAUCACAGAUGUUUUCUCUUAAGUCUAAAGUUAUUUAACAAUUUAGUUAUUUUCAAGUAAUUUAUGAUCCCACUUAUUUUCCCCCCUGCUCCACUUUUAAUUUUCAGUUUUUGUUGUUGUUUCCCUCCAGGGUUAUUGCUGGGCUGGUUGCCUGCACCAUGAAUCCACCGCUCCUGGAGGCCAUUUUUUUCCCCCUUUUGAUGCCCUUGUUGUUGUAGCCUCGUGGUUAUUAUUAUUGCCAUUGUUGAUGUUGUUUGUUGUUGGAUAGGACAGAGAGAAAUCAGAGAGGGGGGAGAGAAAGAUAGACACCUGCAGACCUGCUUCACCACCUGUGAAGCGACUCCCCUGCAGGUGGGGAGCUGGGGGCUCGAACCAGGAUCCUUACGCCGGUCCCUGCGCUUUGCGCCACAUGCGCUUAACCCACUACCCCACCGCCCGACCCCCUUAGUUUUCAGUUUUCUGUGUUGCAGUGUAAUCGAUUUUGAUAUACAGACAGUAAUUCUUGUGGCACUAGAGUGACACAGUGUUGGAGCUGCAGGACUCACAAAUUUGCACUCUAAAGGCCUGACUUGGACUCCCAGCGCUGCAUAUGCCAGAGUGCUGCUUUGGUUCUUUCUCAUUAGUAAAUCAUGAGAAAGAGUUUAUUUACUUAUUAGUGAGAAAGAUAGGAGGAG